CAAAGCAAAAGUAGACGGUGUCGACAUAGAACAAUUCACAAUAGCUUUCAUUUUCAUAUUCAUCGCCUGGCAAGAACUUUAGAAACAUGAUAGGCUUUAUUGACAGAACAUCUGAUAAAUAAAGACCUGCAGGGCAUGUUGCUAAUUCCAUGUGUGGGACGGUGCCUGCUCUCCCGAUGGGUUCGAGUGUCAAGGAGGCGGCGUCUAUCCACGUGCACAGAUUCUAGUGCCCCGCAUGUAUGCAUUGUUGGCAGCGGGCCAGCUGGCUUCUAUACAGCCCAGCAGCUUCUUAAGGGCCAUCCAUCACUUCGUGUUGACAUCUUUGAGAGACUGCCGGUCCCUUUCGGCCUUGUCAGAUAUGGAGUGGCCCCAGAUCAUCCAGAAGUCAAGAAUGUAAUUAACACCUUUACCCAGACAUCGAAAAACGAACGCUGUUCCUUCUUUGGCAAUGUGACCGUUGGACGGGACAUUAGUGUGCAGGAACUGAAGAGGCACUACACAGCUGUCGUACUGUCUUAUGGAGCGGAUGAUGACAGAAAGCUUCGGAUACCAGGUGAGGACCAUCCACACGUUUUGUCUGCCAGGAACUUUGUGGGCUGGUAUAAUGGUCUGCCUGAAGACGCUUAUCUAAACGUGCACCUGGACACAGACACAGCAGUGGUGCUGGGACAUGGAAAUGUAGCCUUGGAUGUUGCAAGGAUUCUUCUGACACCAGUGGAUUUACUGGCUAAAACAGAUAUAACACAACACAGCCUGGAGGUGUUGCGAGGCAGUCGUGUACGUCGUGUGGUGUUGGUGGGCAGACGUGGUCCCCUGCAGGUGGCGUUUACCAUCAAGGAGCUCCGGGAGAUGACUAAGUUGCCCGGGACACGGCCACUACUCCACCAUGCAGACUAUGAUGGACUGCAAAAAGUGCUCGAUGACAUUCCAAGACCUAGAAAGCGGCUGACAGAAUUGUUGUACAAAGCAGCCCUAUCUCCCAGUGAAGAUGACACUAAACUGUGGAAGACUGCUGACAGGGAGUGGGAACUAAGGUUCAGACUCAGCCCUAUAGAGGUCCUUACCAGGGCUCACAAAAUCACUGGUGUGAAGUUUGCUGUUAACAAUCUGGAGGGUGAUGACAUUUUUAACCAAAGGGCUGUGAUGACUUCAGAAACAGAAACUAUUGAGUGUGGGCUAGUCCUGCGAAGUAUUGGCUACAAGGGAAGGCCAAUAGAUCCUGCAGUACCAUUUGACACCAGGGCAGGAAUUAUACCCAAUAGAGAGGGGAGGGUGACAGGGGAAACAUGCCUGUACUGCAGUGGCUGGGUGGGGCGUGGACCAGUAGGUGUCAUAAACAACACCAUGGCAGACGGUUUCGAGGUUGGGAAAACUAUGCUCAAAGAUAUUCAGUCUGGACUCCUGACUAUCAAAUCUCAACGGCAGGCCAUAAUGGACUUGCUUAAACAAAGAGGCAUACAGGUGGUGAAAUUCAAGGACUGGGAAACUAUUGACAAGUAUGAAACCCAGUUAGGGGAAAAACUUGGGAAGCCUAGAGAGAAGGAAACAAGUGUUGAAAACAUGCUCAGAAUCGCAGCACAGUGAUUGGGGAUAGAUUUAGAUUGUAUUAUAUUUGAUAAAUACAUGAGAAAUUA